UGGUCUUUGAGGGGGAAUCUUUGGCGUGUUAUUUUCCAAUCCCACUAAUAUUUCUUGAUGGCUAUCAGUGAUUAUUAGCAGACGUUACUCAGUGGGCCCCGCCAAACCAACACGUCUGAUAACAGUUUUGUUACCAGAAGAUGACUACAAGUGUUUUUUCCUUCCUAUUGGUAUUACCGGUUUACGUGACGUCAGAGCCUCUCUAUGGUCAUUUAACAAGGGAGAACAUAGAGCACAAUCUGGCUAAGCGAUCAGCAGCACUGCUUCCUGGUUUGUCCGUGCUCAAACCUAAACUGCCACCGGAGGUUGGACCUAAGACGAACUCAGAUGAAGCACCAAAACCGAGGACAAAAUUGCUGCAACCGUUGCUGCCAUACAAAUUGCCAUCAGAUUCCUCGGUCAUUCCACUUCAGUUACCACAAGAACAACCCAAAAAGAAACAAACAAAGCCGCAUGUUGAAGCAUCGUCAUUUCAGCCGCUUGAUCUGCCUAAAGACACAUCAGUGAAACGUCCGCCAAAAGUCAUAUCUAUAACGCCACAAGAUCCGCCAGAAAAACCGGAAAAAGAAAUGUCAUUACCGCCCAAAAAAAUUCUACCAGUUAACCCACCGAAACCGCCAGUUAAUGUUAUGUCUUUACCACCAAAAAGCUUGCCACCAAAAAUAAAACUGCCGAUGCUACCAAAAAAGGAAUUGUCUAUUGCGCCACAGAAGCCGUCAGCAAUAAAUCCACCAAAGCCACCUCCAUCGUUGGAAACCUCCAAAAAGCAAACGGAGUCACCUGAUCCGCCAGUAGAGUGAUUGGCAAAUUGGACAAAUGAUUAUACGUGUGCCAAGGUCUACAUUUAUUAUGUUGAAGACUUUAUUGAUAUACACCAUAUAGCUUUUAAAAAGCAUGAACAGUUUUGUUUACGUUCAUUAAUAAACAAAUUACUAC